UGUGCUUUCGAGUACACGUGUGAUUACAACCGAAAGAUCUUCUCGAUUUUUCAUUGUUAAUAUUAAAAAAAUAUUAAAAUGACAAAAGUGCGAAAGGUGAAGCGCAGGAAGACCUACAAAGUCAGCAUCAACAGGAAGAGAUUGAGGAAUAAAUUGAGGAAAGUGCCUACUAUAACUUGUCCUCAGAUAAAGCAAGCCUGGGAUACGAAAAAAUCCACGAAGACAAAUCUGCACCAGAUGGGCCUAGCCUACGAUCCUAAUCAAAUUCUAAAAGUGCCAAACGUAAAAAACGCCAUGAUAAAAAAAGCUAAACGUCAAGCGUCAGGUGAAAUAUCAGAAUCAGAGGAGGAGCCUGUGAAGAAGAAAAUUCCAAAAAAAGUGAAAGUCGCUCAGGAGCUGGAGGCUGAAGCCAGAGCUCCUCGACAGCGAAUGUUCAGACUCCCCAAGGGUCAGGUUUUAUUCCUGACGUAUCUUAUGGAUAAAUAUGGCGAGGACUACGAGGCUAUGGCUCGAGACAAGAAAAACCACUACCAGCUGACCUGGAGGCAGAUUCGUCAGAAGAUAAACACCUUCAAGAACAUCCCUGAACAGUACAGCGAGUACCUCGUGCAAAGUGGGGAGAUUGUCCUGGAGGAUCCGACAUCGUUGGCAGAGACGAAAAAAAAAAUUGCUGAGGAGAAUGUCCAGAAGUACUGCGUAAGCAAAAAGAAAAAAGAGAAAAAGAGUGUAAUUGGACGGUGGAUUGAGGAGACGAUGAGGGACGAAGACACGUUUGAGACAGAGGACACGUUGCAGGAUGAAGAUGAAGAAGAUGAGGGAAAUAAAAAAAAUCCUGGAGAAAAAAAAUUGAAACUUUUCCCUGAUGAUGAGGAGAACGAGAACUUCAAUGGGAAAAGGGUUCAGAAAAAUGUGAGGAAUGAGAAGAAGGAGAAGAAACGCGAGGAUCUCCUCCAGAAAUUGUCAUCCAGUGACAGCGAGGACAGCGAGGAACUCGAGGGAGAUGACCAUGGAGACGGCUUUAGGAAUUUAGAUGACAUGAGUGAGGAGGAACUCUCGGAGGACGACAUUCUAGACGAUGGAGAGUUCGUCACGGACGACAGUGAAUAAAUUAGUGGAAGCUGUCUUAUAUCACAAACUUGAUUUUUUUUUAUUAUAAAACGAAAGUGUAAAUAAGUAUCAGUUUAUAUCUUUAGUAAUCGAGAGAAUAUAUGAAUUAUUCUUAA